AUGGACGGGCAGCAAGGGCAGGAAAGUCCCACAGCCCUAGCACUAGCCCAGGCUCAUUUCAAGAAAGGGGAAUACGCGGAGGCCGAAGCGCUGUACUCCGCUUACAUUCGCCAGUGCGCCUGUGCAACCUCGGAGGGAGCAGCUCGCGGGAGCAAAUGCAGCCCUGAGGAUUUGGCUACUGCAUUUAACAACAGGGGGCAAAUCAAGUACUUCAGGGUUGAUUUUUACGAAGCCAUGGACGACUACACAUCUGCUAUAGAAGUCCAACCCAGUUUUGAAGUUCCGUAUUACAACAGAGGCUUGAUAUUAUACAGGCUGGGAUACUUUGAUGAUGCUUUGGAAGAUUUCAAGAAAGUGUUAGACUUAAAUCCUGGAUUUCAAGAUGCUGUUUUGAGCUUAAAACAGACUAUUCUAGACAAAGAAGAAAAGCAAAGAAGAAAUUAUUGA